AUUAAUUAAGUAAUUAAAUGGCAGAUGUUGGUGCCCUAACUCUUGUGUUACUGGGUCGCACUGGGAAUGGAAAAAGUGCAACCGCAAACAGUAUUGUGGGAAAGAAGGUGUUCAAGUCACGCAAAAGUUCUUCCGGCGUUACCAGAAGUGCUGAGUUGCAUACGUGUGUGCGGAAAGAUGGUCAGGUCAUCAAUGUCAUCGACACCCCCGGAAUAUUUGAUCUAUCCUCAGGAGCAGAUUACACCGCGCGAGAAAUCGUGAAAUGUAUCGAUCUGGCAAGUGGGGGAAUUCACGCGGUUCUUUUGAUUUUCUCGGUCCGAACCCGGUUCUCCCAAGAGGAAGAAGCCACCAUCCGAAUCCUACAAUCUAUAUUCGGAAGCAAAAUUGUGGACUACGCCAUUGUAGUCUUCACAGGUGGUGACGAACUGGAAGAUGAUGACAUCACGCUAGAAGAUUACUUGGGCAGCGACUGUCCUGUGGCUUUGAAGGAUAUUCUUGCAAUAUGCAAGAAUCGGUGUGUUCUUUUCGAUAACAAAACCAGAAGUGGAACGAAGAAUGCAGAACAAGUGGGAAAGCUUUUGGCAAUGGUGAAGGAAGUGGUGGUGCAAAAUGGAGGACAACCCUACACACACGGCUUGUUUUCUGAUCUCAAGCUUCAGGAGAAGUUGAAUGAGGUAAAGGGGAAGCUUGAACAACAGUUAGUAGAAGAAAGAGAAGCGAGACUGAAAGCGGAAGAAAGAAUGCAACAAAUACAUAAAGAAACUGGGGAUGAAAUUCGAAACCUCAAUGAGUCUCUACGUCUCGCCCUUCAAAGGCCGAUAAACGUAAAGGUUGAGUCGAGUCCUCCUCCAUCUACUUGCCGUAUUCUUUGAGUCCCAAAAUCAUUAUAUUGAAGUGUGACACCAUUAAUUAAUAUAAUUAUCAUAUUUGCAUAAUAUGUAUGUAUCAAAUGCAAUUAAACAAAGGGUUGAAUAAGGGCAGCUACUUGUGUUGUAAUGUCCAAAGAUUGUUGUAAUAAAUUAUUACCGUGUCUUAUAUUAUA